UCUCUUUUUUCUUUCUCUAUUUCCCCUUAUCAAACCCUAACAAACAAUCCCAAAUCACCUUAUCACAACUAACAACAUAUAAAAUCCCCAAAUCGAAAAUCACAAACCCUAAUUACAAUGGAUUCCCAACCAAACAACUUAUUCGACACGGUGUCUCAACCGGACACCGGCGACGCUUAUACCUUUCUCGAAUUCAACACACAAGAUGACGAUAACUUCAAUUACACCGAUUUUCAAGAGCUUUCUCAACCAACCGCCGCCACGGCAGGCGUCGUCAGAUCGUCUCCGUCGUCAUCCGUUUGGCCUACGCCGUCCGAUUCUAUCUCCAUCGAUACCUCUGCCGUCGCUGGAGAUCACCGGUCUGAUAGUAACGCGUCUCCUGGCUCAGCCACUUCCGGAAAGGGCGGAGGUGGUGGUGGAAGAGGAAGUAAUAGUAAUCAGGCGGCGGCGGUGGAUGCGUUGGCCGCGGGAAUGAGUGGAUUGAAUUUUGAAGAGACGGCAGGUGGAGAUGAAGAAAGUUAUGAGUAUGGAAAAGGGGAAUUGAUGGAACAUGCUUGUAGGUAUUGUGGUGUGCAGAAUCCGGCUUGCGUUGUUCGGUGUAAUGUUCCUUCUUGUAGGAAAUGGUUUUGUAAUUCUAGAGGCAAUACCUCCGGUUCUCACAUUGUUAAUCAUCUCGUUAGAGCCAAACAUAAAGAAGUGUGUCUUCAUAAAGAUAGUCCUUUAGGUGAAACAAUUCUUGAAUGCUAUAACUGUGGAUGUCGAAAUGUUUUUCUUCUUGGAUUCAUUUCAGCAAAGACAGAGAGUGUGGUUGUUCUACUUUGCAGGGAACCUUGUCUCAAUGUGAAUGCACUGAAAGACAUGAAUUGGGACCUGAGUCAAUGGUGUCCGCUUAUUGAUGAUCGAUGCUUUUUGCAAUGGCUUGUUAAGGUUCCAUCUGAACAGGAACAGCUGCGGGCACGUCAUAUAAGUGCCCAACAGAUCAAUAAGGUGGAAGAACUCUGGAAGACAAAUCCUGAUGCGAGCUUGGAGGACCUAGAAAAGCCUGGUGUCGAUGAUGAGCCUCAACCUGUGGCCAUGAAGUAUGAAGAUGCCUAUCAGUAUCAAAAUGUUUUUGCACCACUCAUUAAGCUUGAAGCUGAUUAUGAUAAAAUGAUGAAAGAAUCUCAAAGCAAAGACAAUCUUACAAUACGAUGGGAUAUUGGUCUUAACAAGAAGCGUGUUGCAUAUUUUGUUUUUCCAAAGGAAGACAAUGAAUUGCGUCUUGUGCCUGGUGAUGAGUUACGGCUACGAUACUCUGGAGAUGCUGCACAUACAGCUUGGCAGUCAGUUGGACAUGUGAUAAAACUCACUGCCCAAGAGGAGGUGGCACUUGAGCUUCGUGCAAGUCAGGGAGUUCCGGUUGAUGUGAACCAUGGCUUUAGUGUGGACUUUGUAUGGAAGAGCACUAGUUUUGAUAGGAUGCAGGGUGCUAUGAAAACUUUCGCGGUGGAUGAAACAAGUGUCAGCGGGUACAUUUACCACAAUUUGUUGGGGCAUGAGGUUGAGUUUCAAAUGGUUCGUAAUGCAUUGCCUCGCCGUUUUGGCGCACCUGGUCUUCCUGAGCUUAAUGCAUCUCAAGUUUUUGCUGUAAAAAGUGUCCUUCAGAAACCAAUAAGUUUGAUCCAAGGGCCACCUGGUACUGGGAAAACAGUCACUUCCGCUGCAAUUGUUUACCACAUGGCUAAACAAGGUCAAGGACAGGUUUUGGUAUGUGCACCUAGCAAUGUCGCCGUAGACCAACUCGCGGAGAAGAUAAGUGCCACUGGCUUAAAGGUUGUAAGACUGUGUGCUAAAUCAAGGGAAGCUGUUAGCUCACCUGUUGAGCACUUAACACUUCAUUAUCAGGUUCGCCAUCUGGAUACAUCUGAAAAAAGCGAACUUCACAAGCUGCAGCAAUUGAAAGAUGAACAAGGAGAAUUAUCCAGUAGUGAUGAGAAGAAGUAUAAGGCACUGAAGCGGGCUACUGAACGUGAGAUAUCUCAAAGCGCUGAUGUCAUCUGUUGCACAUGUGUUGGUGCUGGAGAUCCUCGAUUGGCAAAUUUUAGAUUUCGUCAGGUGCUUAUUGAUGAAUCUACCCAAUCAACUGAGCCAGAGUGUCUUAUUCCUCUUGUUCUCGGGGCAAAGCAGGUGGUUCUUGUUGGUGACCAUUGUCAGCUUGGUCCUGUUAUUAUGUGCAAGAAAGCUGCCCGUGCUGGGUUAGCUCAAUCUUUAUUUGAGCGACUUGUGAUGCUUGGUGUCAAGCCAAUUAGAUUGCAGGUUCAAUAUCGAAUGCAUCCAUCGCUUUCAGAAUUUCCUUCUAAUAGUUUUUACGAGGGUACUCUCCAAAACGGAGUCACUAUCAAUGAAAGGCAAUCAACAGGAAUUGAUUUUCCCUGGCCCGUGCCAAAUCGCCCCAUGUUCUUUUAUGUUCAGAUGGGACAAGAAGAAAUUAGUGCCAGUGGAACAUCUUAUCUUAAUAGGACCGAGGCUGCACAUGUUGAAAAGAUAGUGACCGCUUUCCUAAGGAGUGGUGUAGUUCCAAGUCAGAUAGGGGUUAUAACUCCCUAUGAGGGGCAGCGUGCAUACAUUGUUAACUAUAUGUCGAGAAAUGGUGCACUUAGGCAGCAGCUUUAUAAGGAAAUUGAGGUUGCAAGUGUAGAUUCAUUUCAAGGGCGGGAAAAAGAUUACAUUAUUUUGUCAUGUGUGAGAAGUAAUGAACAUCAGGGUAUUGGAUUUCUUAAUGAUCCACGUAGGCUUAAUGUUGCACUUACCCGAGCUCGUUAUGGUAUUGUCAUUCUUGGAAAUCCAAAAGUUCUCAGUAAACAACCAUUGUGGAAUGGGUUACUAACACAUUAUAAGGAGCAUGAAUGUUUAGUGGAAGGUCCUUUAAACAACUUAAAGCAGAGUAUGGUGCAAUUUCAGAAGCCAAAGAAAAUAUAUAAUGACCGGAGGCUUUUCUUUGGUGGACCUGGUAUGGGGGCCAAUGAGAGCUUUGGAUCUGCUACUUCAGGAAAUCCUGGUGCUGAUGGCAGAAACAACCGUUCCAGGGGUCCAUACAUGCCACCUGGACCACCUAAUGGCACUCAUAAACCUGGUCUUCAUCCUGCUGCAUAUCCAAUGCCUCGCGUGCCUAUUCCACCAUAUCAUGGAGGUCCCCAGCCUUAUGCUAUUCCUACCCGUGGUGUACAUGGCCCCAUUGGUGGCAUUCCUCAUGUUCCGCAGCCCGGUAGUCGGGGUUUCACCGCUGGACGGGGAAAUCCUACUAGUGGUCCUAUUGGGAGCCAUCUCACACACCAGCAAGGCUCACAGCAGCCUAUUGGUGCACCCAUGGGAUCUAAUUUUAACUUCUCAGCACUUGAAAACCCAACUAGCCAGUCAUCGGUUGGUGGACCCGGUCCAUUAUCUCAACCUGGAUAUGUUAAUAAUAUGACGCAAGGACCAGGUCAAACGUUUCGUGAUGGUUUCUCGGUUGGUGGCAUGUCACAGGAUUUUUUGGGUGAUGAUUUUAAAAGUCAAGGGUCGCAUGUUCCAUAUAAUGUUGCUGAAUUUUCCACACAGGCUUCUCAAGGUGGGUAUACUGUUGACUAUGGUAAUCCAACAACCCAGGGAGGAUUCCCGGGAAGCUACUUGAACCAGAAUUCCCAAGCUGGGUAUUCUCGGUUUGGUACAGGAAAUGAUUUCAUGUCUCAGGACUACAUGGGUCACGGCUCUCAAGGCUUGUUUACACAGGUUGGGUUCAAUGAUCCAUCACAAGAUGAUGCUUCCCAAAGCCACUUCGGUGCCAAUUCUCUUCAGACACAGAAUAUGAUGAAUCCUCUAUACUCCCAACCAUUUGCACACUAUAACUCACAGCCCCCAAACAUGCAAGCUCCUCAACAGCAGCAACAACAGCAAACACAACCCCACUACAAUGGUUGAGAGGUGUGUGGAAUUAUUCCCAUGUUGUGAAAGGGUUAUAGUCAGUCCUUGCAUCCAGCCACUUGACUUUUGCCUCCACUAUGUUUGACCAAACUAUAUCUACCCCUAAAAUGAUUUAAAGUUUGACAAAUAACAAACCAUUUUGGAAGAUAAGAUAUUGGAGUAACUGGGAAUUGGUGUGGUGGCAAAUAAUGGGCUGAGGAAAAGACGGAUAAACCCCAAAAGAUUUGGUAAAAAGUCAACAGAGUUAAAGCGGAAAAGAGAUCACCUGUGUAUGACCUGGUUUGUUGCAUAAAGGGUGUGUUGAGGAAAACGAACUCGAUUGGUAAAACAGCACAUACAUAAAUAGAGAUGCAGAUGAAAUAUUGUGUACAGCCAUGCUUCGCGAAGUGGUAUCUUAUCUAACCCUUGUGUGAUAGGACCGGGACAUGUACAUGUGAUAAUUUAGUAAAAAACGGACGAUGAUGAUAGCUAUGUGAGAUCAUAUAGGUCGUGUUUCUUUAUUAUUAUUAUUAUUAUUAUUUUUUAUUUUUUGCGUUUCGGGAUUGCAAGUAGCAGCUACAUGAACAGUGUGCAUCUUCGAUAUAUUGUGAUCAUAUCCAUGGCCUUUUGCGUGUGAA